AACACUGACAUGGCAGUCGAUGUACACAAUCGCUCACAUGUAACGUGUGAGAAGAUGGACUUAUGACGAUAACUCUGUCAUAUAGACGAUAAUCGGGUGUUUAUAUAUGUAGAUGGAUGUACAUUAAUUCGGCUUCGAAUUGCAUAUAUAUGAAACUACAUAAUUCGACAUACUUAUCGGGAAAAUAAGACUUGAACGAGGCCUGACCGGCCUCUUACCGGUUUGUGUACUGUAGCCGUAGAACAUCAUACUACAUGUGUAUCUCCUGAUUUCAAAUUAGCGUGGUAUUCAUUCGCUAUACUUUCUUGUCAGCUUUAUUUCUAAAUUUUACUACUUGAACUUCACCUUUUGAAUCUAUCGUGUGCUUUAAAUGCUUUUUGGACACUGAGGUGAUUAUUUAAGCUUACAGGCCGAUUUCCAAAACUUGAAGUAAGUUACCGAUGAACAUGGAUUUCAGGGUCACAUAUAUAGUGUUGACACUAAUUACAGCCAUCGAUUGGCAUGACCUGGAAGUGAUGGCUGAUAAGUCCAAAUGUGACGUAUGUACCGCUAUCGUAAAUAACUUUGAUAAGGGGCUGAAGAAAACGGCAAAAUCUAAUUUUGGAGGAGGAAAUACAAAAUGGGAAGAAAGUCGUCUAGGAAGUUUUGCAACAAGUGAGACAAGACUUGUAGAAGUUGUGGAGGGUCUCUGUGAAGGUGAAGAUAAAAAAUGCCACACUAUACUUGAGGAAAAUGAAGAACUUAUAGAAAAAUAUUGGUUUAAAUUUUAUGCCAAAGGAUUACAGGAGGAUUUGAAGAUGUGGUUAUGUAUAUCUAAUAUGCAAGUUUGCUGUCCUGAAAACACAUAUGGACCAACAUGUCGGGAAUGUCCCGGUGGUAAGGAGCGACCCUGCACUGGUAAUGGUGCUUGUGAUGGAGGAGGCACACGAAAAGGAACUGGAAAAUGUAAUUGUAAUGCAGGCUAUGAAGGUGAUUUGUGUGACAACUGCAAAGAUGGAUAUUUUGAGGAAUCUAAAAAUGACACCCAUACAAUAUGUACAGCCUGUCACAAGUCUUGCCAAUCAACCUGUUGGGAGGAUGGACCUAAGGGAUGUGACGAAUGUAGAACAGGGUACACACAGUCAGAAGAACAGGGGUGUCAAGAUAUUGAUGAAUGUUCUGCAGAAACUUCUCCUUGUGAGAGAGGAAAAUACUGUUCCAACUCGGAGGGAUCUUACUAUUGUACAUCGUGUCACAAAUCCUGUAAUGGGUGUACUGGGUUUGGACCUGAUAAGUGUGACAAAUGUGAAGAAGGAUACAAACUGGACGGAAAUAGCUGUAAAGAUAUAGAUGAGUGCACAGCGGAAGGGGGAGCUGAUUUAUGUACAGGGGAGCACAGGAGCUGUGUAAACCAGGAGGGGACUUACUCCUGUGACUGUGAUACCGGCUUUACAGAGGAGGACGGACAAUGUGUCGUCAUACCGCCAGAGCCACCCAAAACCCCAAAAUCCACUACCUCCGAAACGGAAGAGGAAAGCGCUUCAGAAAAUGUUGAGAAAGAUGAAUUAUGAUUGACCAAAGUGUUUGAUUGUAAAAAUGGUAUAUGUUAGAAAUGUCACAUAAGUGUGUAAAAAUGAAGUAAAUGGAGGAAUAAAAGGUUAUAUUUGUUUUA